UUGGUAAGAACGCUAUCAACCAGAAACUCUCGCAUGUUCUUCCGACUCGGAUCAUAGAAAUAUAGAAUGAUGGAUUAAUCAAUCUUCCUAUGAAAUGGGUUAAACAAAUAACAUCCUCCCUAGUCCCUCCAAGUAUGUAAACGUGGGUCCAAAAUAAAAAGACUAGUCAAACAUCAAGACUGAGUUUUCAUUCCAUUCCAUUUCAUUCCAUUUCACCGGAUAAUCCUUCCAAUCAAGUUUCUCUUUCCUCUAUUGUAGGGUUUUAUCCUUCUUUCUCCUCUAUCUCUAUCUUUCCCCCGAAAUCCCGAUUUAUCUCCAUUAAUGGCGGGAAUCAAGCUUCCUCCGGCGGAAGAUACGGCGGAGCUUCCUCAACAGCCCAGAACUCCGGUCACCGGAGAUCUCAUUUCCGACGAUGAUCGUUCUAUUGCCGCCGAUUCCUGGUCGAUUAAGAGCGAGUACGGUAGUACUUUGGAUGAUGAGCAGCGUCAUGCUGACGCUACCGAAGCUCUCGCUGCCGCUAAUCUCCGCCCUUCCUCUGAUUACAGUUCAGAUAAGGAUUCAGAGAAAGACGCAGAAGAUGGUGAUGGGAUAGCCUCAAUGCUUGGUCUUCAGAGCUAUUGGGAUGCAACAUAUUCUGAAGAGCUUGAGAAUUUCCGCCAGCAUGGCCAUGCUGGUGAAAUUUGGUUUGGACCUGAAGUCAUGGAUACUGUUGUUUCUUGGACAAAGAAUUUAUGCAUUGAUAUUUCUCGGCGUCGCUUGUUAAAUCAUGUUGGUAAUGACAAGACGGAACAUGAUGAUCAUGCAGCUCAUGACCUGUCCAGUUGGAGUGUACUUGACCUUGGAACUGGCAACGGUCUGCUUCUUCAAGAGCUUGCUAAGCAUGGGUUCUCGAAUUUAACUGGUGUUGACUACAGUGAAGGGGCUAUAGGCCUUGCUCGUGCUCUUGCUGAGAGGGAUGGAUUUAAUAACAUUGCUUUCUCGGUUGAUGAUGUUCUUGAUACCAAGUUGGAAAAACAGUUUAAGCUUGUGAUGGAUAAAGGAACCUUGGAUGCCAUUGGCCUGCAUCCUGAUGGCCCUAUUAAAAGGCUUAUGUACUGGGAUUCUGUUGCAAAAUUAGUGGCGCCUGGUGGAAUACUUGUUGUAACAUCGUGUAACAGUACUAAAGAUGAGUUGAUGCAAGAGGUAGAAAGAUUUAAUCAAAGAUCUGCUGUCCAACCAGACACCUCACUAGACCAAGGUGCUCUAACAUCUGCUCCUUUCCAAUAUGUUGACCAUAUACGAUCUUACCCGACAUUCAUGUUUGGAGGAGUCGAGGGAUCACGUGUUGCUACAGUAGCUUUUCUCCGCAACUGAAGAUCAGUAGAUUUUUAAUACAGGCCUUAUGUUUCAUCUAACUUAAUAUUUUUAUAUGGUUCAAGUUUGUGGGUGGCAAAAUAUUGACUGUAAAUGAAAGUGCCUGCGAAUUGAUUUAAGUUGUUUACAGUUCAAUGGUUGAAACAUUUUCGAGUUAACAACUUCGCUUGUGUGGAUUGUCAAAUAUAACACAAGGGAAGUCUAAUGUUGUAAAAAGCAUGCCCUGUAAAUUGAACCUGUUGGAUUCCAUUUAUUAUUUGGGAUUAUUAAAGAGGGUGAAUUCGUCUCUCUA